GUCCUUCCCAGCAAACGAUUUUAGCAGCUUUUUUUUACCGUCCACAUCCCCUCGCAGGUCACAUAUAGCGAAAAGUUGAUUCUAUAAUAGCUCCGCCGCCGUCACUUAAACCUCGAAUUUUAAACAUUCCGGUUGCGUUUUAUGGCCGCCAUUAAAUGGGAGGGAAAAACUUUUUAGAUUGGUCGUUAUCCGAUAGGUAUUAUCGUUCUCGAUGGCAGGAAAAAGUACCAUGGGACACGAGAGGACCGCUUUCGCUUUCGCUUUUGACUACAUAAACUAUCAAAUUUGCCCGGAGCGAAGCGGUAUUAUUUCCCAUUUGGAUGGGGCAAUUCCAGCAAAUGAUGGGAAAUUUCAAACCGAUUACAGUAUAUUUUCGAAUCAAUAUAAAAACAAAGUAAUUCGCUUCGGUAAGCUCUUAGUAUAACGGGGUUUGGUCGAAUCAAUAGAGCGUAGAAAUGAGACACUCGGGAUCGAUGCUACUCAUCGGAUUGGCGCUGCUUUCCGUGAUCCAAGCCGCCUUCGCUCAUACGCUCCGCCGAGAGCGACGCCAGUCGAGUCCGGCUGUGAUGCCGCAGGACGGCGGAGGAACCGAUGAUCGUGCCGCCAUUCCUGGGCUCAGUGAAAUUCAGACGGCCAUCGACAUAGCGCAAUUUCUGAUCAACGUGGGACAACAGGUGCUUCCGGCUAUAUUGCAAAGUUUGACACCUCCACCAAACGGUGCCGGUGGGAGUCGGAUGAUGGACGAAACGCACCUGAUUGAAGCAUUUCGGCAGCGGAUGGCUGACGGUAAUCGUGGGAUGUGA